CCUUGAUGUACAAUAGUGACAGCCAUCUGGCACUUUUCUCUAAUGUCCAUUGAUUAUAUCUAUUGCCACCAUGGAUUGCUUCUUGGGGUAUUAAUUGAGACUUGGCCGGGUACCAUGUUCCUACUCCAAGGAGUAUAAUUAUUAGCCAUGCCCUGCAGUCCGUAUGUAUGCAGAAGGAAAUAACGUAUAAUCCAUAUGCUUCUGAGUGUAUUAAACCCGUGGUGAGACCCUUUGGUUGAUUCAUCCUCAAGGUGACCAUCCUUAGUUCCUGGAGAACAACUCAGUUGGCAUCUCCAUGACCCUAUUCUCUAUCCAUCCUAUUCCAGGAGCCACGUGGAUGCUAACACUGGUGCUAACACUGGAGCAAAUUGCAGUCUUAUGGGAUGAAGCAAAAGUUAAUGACAGGCCCUAUAGUGUUUCCAACUCCAUUCAUCAUGAAUACAGCAAGGAGCGGAUGAUUUCAAAGUGGUGAGAAUACCCACUCAUCGCAAGGGCCAUUUUUUGCGGCUGCCUCAUUUCCUUGGUAGAGGAAUCGGGGAGCUGUAUAAAAAGGCUCCCACCUCCCAUCCCAUCAUUCACUUCAAUUGCCUUCACCAUCUACCACUCCUAAGUAAGGUAAGAGGACUCCUGUUGCUUGUUGUGAACAGUUGGUGGGAUAUAGUAGCAUUUGACAGAUUUCCUUAACAAGGUAUUCCCACAUCUUUCUUUGUGUGUGGAAAUUUACCGCUCUAUUGAGGUGGGUCAACAAAAUAUAGCACUAUGGACCAAGACUGAGAAUGGUGCAGGCCUCCAGUGUCAGACUGAGCUAUGAACCAAGGUGAUGGAUGCUGGGAUCUCCAAUCCUAUAAUGUAUGGAGAGAAUCCUGAUUGAUGAACCUCACUAGAGUGCAAUUUAUGCCUCUCCAUCUCUUUCCAUCCCACGAUCUGUGCUGAAAUUUUGUAAUGAGAGCAGUAGAAAGGGGGUAUUGCAACUUAUUAUAUCUUGGGUCCACCAUACGAAUGUAUUAUUUAUUUACUUGCUAUAUUUAUAUUCCACCCUUCUCACCCCAAAGGGGACUCAGGGUGGAUUACAAUGCACAUAUAUAUGGCAAACAUUCAAUGCUAUUAUUAGACAUCUAUAUAUAGAAAAGGGUAAUGAAAUUUCGGCCUAGGAUAAAACAACAAAACUAAACACCCCACAACCUCGAAAACUGACAGCACAACCCUCAUCCACGCCUCUAUGUUCAUACAACAAAAAGAAAAGAAAAAUAGUCCUAAUUAGAGGGAGAGGAAUAAUUGUUUUUAUCCAAUUGCUGCCAGUUAGAAGGCUAAGCUACGCCCACUUCAUCUCCUGGCAACCCACAAAGUUAGGCCUCACUUAGGCCUCUUCCACACUGCCUAAAUACAGAUUAUCAGAUUUGCACUGGAUUAUAUGGCAGUGUAGACUCAAGGCCCUUCCACACAGCUAUAUAACCCAUUUAUAAUCUUAUAUUAUCUGCCUUGAACUGGAUUAUCUUGACUCCACACUGCCAUAUAAACCACUCCAGUGUGCAUUUUAUACAGUUGUGAAGAAGGGGCCUCAUAUAAUCCAGUUCUAAUCUGAUAAUUCCUCAAUACUUUAUUUCCCAUACCACCAUACUUUGCCUCAGCAACACAUGGCCGGGCACAGCUAGUAUAAUAUAUAGACACACAUAGAGGCAAUUUAACAUUUUCCAGCUUCCAGCUUCAUGAGGGUAUGCUCAAUUCCGGCCACAGGGAGAGCUGCUGCUUCAUCGUUCUUGAUGAUAGUGCUUCCUCUUUCCUUUCCUCACGCUGCUGGCAGUUUUUAUGGUGUCAUAAAUUAGUUAAAUUAGCCUACUCACAUAAAGUGGUACAUAGAAUUUUCUACUCAACAGAUGCAACUGUUUUUCGAGCUGCUUAGGUGGGCAGCGAGCUAGGCUAUUAACGGUUGGGAGCUCAAUCCCACCCGAGCUUCGAUCCCAUGACCUCUUGGUCAGUAGUGAUUUACUGCAGCUGCCUACUAACCAGCUGCGCCACAGCUGGGCCCAAUAAUUUUACUUAAUGGAGACUGGAGUUUUGCUGUGUUUCCCGCAACCGUCUUUGUAGGGAACAGUUGGCAAGUGUCAGAGGACGUUUCCCUGGAAUUCUCUUCCAAAUUCAUUUCUAAUAGUAGCUCAAAUUGGUAGUUUUCAAGUCUGUCGAGCAUCCUACCCUCUUACACUUCUGCAGUAAAUUCCACCUUUUACUGAUGUUGCAAACGUUAACGCAUGAGCUUUCUCGGUUCUAUUUCAGCUUGACCUGAACCCCAGAAAAUGUGUUCCUGUGGACAAAGCUGUAAGCAAUCUUGCUGCCCGCCACCCCCCUGCUGCAAAUCUUCCUGCUGUGCACCACCUCCCUGCUGCCAAUCCUCCUGCUGUGCACCACCUCCCUGCUGCAAAUCUUCUUGCUGUGCACCACCUCCCUGCUGCAAAUCUUCUUGCUGUGCACCACCUCCCUGCUGCAAAUCUUCUUGCUGUGCACCACCUCCCUGCUGCAAAUCCUCCUGCUGUGCACCACCUCCCUGCUGCAAAUCUUCCUGCUGUGCGCCACCACCCUGUUGUAAGCAAUCUUGCUGUUCACCACCUCCUUGCUGUGCGCCACCCCCCUGUUGCAAGCAAUCUUGUUGUUCACCCCCUCCCUGCUGUUCACCACCUCCCUGCUGUGCGCCAGCUCCCUGUUGCAAGCAAUCUUGUUGUUCACCACCUCCUUGCUGUUCACCACCUCCCUGCUGUGCGCCAGCUCCCUGUUGCAAGCAAUCUUGCUGUUCACCACCUCCCUGCUGCCAAUCCUCCUGCUGUGCACCACCUCCUUGCUGCAAAUCCUCCUGCUGUGCACCACCUCCUUGCUGCAAAUCCUCCUGCUGUGCACCACCUCCUUGCUGCAAAUCCUCCUGCUGUGCACCACCUCCUUGCUGCCAAUCCUCCUGCUGUGCACCACCUCCCUGCUGCAAAUCCUCCUGCUGUGCACCACCCCCCUGUUGCCAGAGCAAGAAAUGCUAAGGGGCCCACUCAAGUCCAAGGAAGUCUCGAAAUCUUUCACCUAUCCCUCAACCAUGUUCAUCAUGUCUGCUUUCUAGCACAUCUGAAUUGCCCAAAUCUUCUUACCUGGCUCCUUCAACCAUAUCUGUAACUUUUCUUCUUGUUUUCCGUAAUCCAUGCCUGAACUGUCUUCCCAUCAACAAAGGAGCCAUGCUUACUAUUUGUCUUCACUCCCCUCUUGGUGCUUGGGUCUUCAAUGUUCUCCAUAUCUUCUCCAAUAAAAGCAUGUAACCAUCAAAGCAGUUUUGAGGAUUUCUGUUUGGGUUUUGGAGGAUUUCCUUCUAAUGUCAACAUUUGGGAUGACAGAUCAUGAUUAUCGUAUUUAUUUGUAUCCCACUAUUGCUUCCCAAAGUAGACUUUAAAUGAGACGAACUUCACGGGCACACGGAGUGGUUGGAGAGCACUUCACGUAGUCUGAAUAGUGUCUAGCUUUUGAUAGAAUAGAGUGGCUAAAAGGCACAUAACAAUACAUGACUUCUUUAGUAUCCGUGGGGUUAAACUCAAGGAUAUUCCGCCAAGGAUUCCAAAAUCCAUGGAUGCUGAAAUCCCAUUCUAUACAGUGGUGGUGCUCCUUAUAUAAAUUGGCAAAUUCAAGGCUAGUUUUUUUUUUAACGGGGGGAGUAUUUUCAAGCCAUGGAUGGUACAAUCCAUGGAAAUGGACUGUAAAAGGUGUGACAGAUAAUCUGUGUCUUGUUUCAUUUCUUCCAUUAUUUCCACAUGGAAAGGGUGGACAAAGUGUGGGAUAGUUCUGAGUUCAUCUCUGGUCUUCCAUAUUUGUAGUCAGACCCCCAAAUCAGAAGACUAGUGGUUCUCAAACUGUACUCCAUGGAGCCCUUGAGGCUCCGUGAAGCAUAUUGAGGGGCUCCAUGGUUCCCUAGUCUUCCUUCCUACUCCCCCUACCCCAUAAAACUUUCCCUCUUUCCUUUUCAUUCCCCUCCCCUGCCUCCCUCAUCUCCAAAACCUUUUUUCCUCACUUUCCUCACCACUCAGAUCCUUUACUCC